AUAAACAAAUGAAGAGUUGAAUGAAUAGAUGUUUUUGUUUGACAUUUGGUUGAAGUCGUAGUCGUAGUCGCAGUCAAUGCCAUAUACUCUGUCUUUAAGGUCGUUGUCAGCCAUAAUCAUACUGUCCUUUACUGCCGGCACAGUCUUCGGCUAUUACUUCAGGACAUAUCGACUCCGAAGUCGCCGAUUGUUGCGCUAUUUGCGGACAAAAAAAUAUCAAUUGGAGGACAGAAUACAAGAAGUCAGACAAGAUCUGAGAGAGCGGCGCACCCGACAAAAGACUAGUGUUUUUGACCAUAAACUUGAUUCACAAAUUGUCCACUAAAAUGAUUAUUGUAGUCCACGGCGGAGCCGCUAAAUGUAAUGAACAGUUGAUUGCACUCAAAUUGGCUGGAGUUAAGAGAGCCGUUAAAGAGGGUUACGACUCUCUGGCUAACGGUUCGACUGCUUUGGAUGCCGUGGAAAGGGCUGUUAGUUGUAUGGAAAACGACCCGAUUAUGAAUUGCGGUUACGGUUCAUCUCUUACCGAUGCCGGCACUGUUGAAUGCGAUGCCAUUAUAAUGGACGGCCAGACAUUAAAAUCGGGUGCAGUGGCUGGUGUUCAGCACAUACUACAUCCUAUUUCAUUGUCGAGAGCUGUUAUGGAUCGAUCAGAUCACUGUUUAUUCAUAGGCAGUGGUGCCGAACAGUUUGCACAAGAAGUAGGCAUUGAAUUAGUUACCAACGAAUCUCUUAUCCAUGAAUUUGCUCAGAAACGUCUUAAAGAGUACAAGACUUUUGCGCGAACUAUAGACGACGAUAAACCAGAAAACCAAGUGAUAGAGAGUGAAUCACCUAAAGAACACGACACCGUGGGUUCGGUGGCUAUCGAUCAAUAUGGCAAUUGUGCGGUCGCUACUUCUACUGGAGGAAUAACUGGCAAACGUGUUGGCAGAGUCGGUGACAGUCCUAUUAUUGGUGCCGGUGGUUAUGCGGACAACUCUUGUGGCGCAGUUUCGACAACUGGUCACGGAGAGGCUAUUAUGAGGACUUGUCUGUCACGUCAUAUAAUGUAUGAGUUAAUUAGCUCAGUAUCACUUCAGGAUGCAGUCGAUAAGUCACUGCAAAUGAUGGCCAAACGAGUUGACGGCUACGGCGGCGCUAUAGCUGUGGCACCCAAUCAAAAGCCUGGUAUUGGUUUCACAACACCAAUGAUGUCUUGGGCUUACAUUGACAGCAAUGAUAGCCAACAGUGCAUUCAUUAUGGCAUUAGAGUUGAUGAACAUUUGACUCAAAACUUUUGAUAAUAAGUUUUAUAAACCGUAAA